AGAAAGAGAGUGAGCGCGUUAGGUUUAGAUACUAGGCAACGGGUGGAGGGACAAGCGGAGAGAGAGAGAGAGGCGGCUCCUUAUCUCACCCACACCCAGUCGCCGGCAGAUCGAAAGAAUAUCUCUACUCCAAAGGAGAGGGAGGGGUGAAGGCCGUGGAGCCGCCGCUGAGGAGCGACCCUCCGCCGGCGCUCUCCGAGAUGAGGCAUGUGCUGACUAGCUGAAAUUGAAGGAAGCAUGGCUCAGUUUCCGACAGCUUUUGGAGGGGGCCUGGAUAUCUGUGCCAUUACUGCAGAAGAAAGAGCCAAACAUGACCAGCAGUUCCAUAGUAUCAAACCAGUUGGUGGACUGAUUACUGGUGAUCAGGCCCGAAACUUCUUCCUUCAGUCUGGAUUACCUCCACCUGUACUUGCACAAAUUUGGGCUCUUGCUGACUUGAAUAAUGAUGGAAAGAUGGAUCAGUUGGAGUUUUCUAUAGCCAUGAAACUGAUUAAGUUAAAACUGCAGGGUCAUCCACUUCCCUCCACACUGCCUCCCAUCAUGAAACAAAUACCAGUAGCCAUGUCAACAGCAGGAUUUGGUAUUGGUAAUGUUUCAGCGAUGACCUCGAUGGGACCAGUAGCGCCGUUAUCAAUGGCAGCAAUGCCAGUGGUGGGCAUGUCACCACCGUUGGUGUCUUCUGUUCCUACGGCAGGAGUUCCUGCACUAGCCAAUGGGGCACCUUCUGUGGUACAGCCUCUACCUGCCUUUGCUCAUACGGGAGCCACAUUGCCAAAGAGUUCUUCAUUCAGUCGCUCUGCAUCAGUCAGUCAAGCAAAUGGAACAAAACUACAAAAGGCACAGUCAUUUGACAUAGGGAAUGUCACUGUGCCGCCUUUGGCUGCUGGUGUAGAAUGGGCUGUUCCACAGUCGUCAAGGUUGAAAUACAGGCAGCUUUUCAACAGUCAUGAUAAAACAAUGAGUGGACAUUUAACAGGCCCACAGGCAAGAACCAUCUUAAUGCAAUCCAGUUUACCACAAGCUCAAUUGGCGUCUAUAUGGAAUCUUUCUGACAUAGAUCAAGAUGGAAAGCUUACAGCGGAGGAAUUCAUUCUGGCUAUGCAUUUAAUUGAUAUGGCGAUGUCAGGACAGCCAUUGCCUCCUGUACUGACUCGAGACCUGAUUCCACCAACGUUCAGAAGAGCCAGGUCUGGUAGUGGAAUGUCUACUGGAAGCUCAUUGAGUAUUGAUCAACGGGUACCUGAAGAACCACAAGACGAAGAAACUGAAAAGAAAUUGCCUGUGACAUUUGAGGAUAAGAAACGUGAGAAUUUUGAGCGGGGGAAUCUUGAACUGGAAAAGCGACGGCAAGUUCUUCUGGAACAACAGCGAAAGGAGCAGGAGCGCCUUGCCCAACUGGAACGUGCAGAGCAGGAACGGAAAGAGCGGGAGCGGCAAGAACAAGAAAGGAAAAGGCAGAUGGAGCUCGAAAAGCAACUGGAGAAACAACGAGAAUUCGAACGACAAAGAGAGGAAGAGAGAAGAAAGGAAAUAGAAAGGCGAGAGGCUGCAAAACGUGAACUUGAAAGGCAGCGCCAGCUUGAAUGGGAGAGGAAUCGUCGGCAGGAACUCUUGAACCAACGCAACAAAGAGCAAGAAGAUAUUGUAGCCUUGAAAGCAAGGAAAAAGACUUUAGAGUUUGAACUUGAAGCCCUUAAUGAUAAAAAGAAUCAGUUGGAAGGCAAGCUUCAAGACAUCCGAUUUCGUCUCUCCACUCAAAGGCACGAGAUUGAGCAUACAAAUCAAACACGGGAGUUACGAAUUUCAGAAAUCACACAUCUACAGCAACAGUUGCAGGAAUUUCAACAGAUGCUCAGUCGACUGAUUCCUGAGAAGCAGUCUCUCAAUGAUAAACUGAAGCAGGUCCAGCAGAACAGUCUACAUAGGGACACUAUUCUUACUGUUAAAAAGUCUUUGGAAAACAAAGAGUUGACUAGACAACAUCUUCGUGAUCAACUCGAUGAAGUUGAGAAAGAAACAAGGGCGAAACUCCAGGAGAUAGAUGUCUUCAAUAAUCAGUUAAAGGAACUGAGGGAAAUUCAUAGCAGACAGCAACUGCAGAAACAGAAAGAAGCUGAACUUGAAAGGCAAAAACAAAAGGAGCAAGAGCGGAGGACAGCAGAACUUGAAAGGCAACAUGAGAAAGAAGCUGCCCAGAGAUCUGCUCAAGAACGUGAUAAACUUUGGCAGGAACAAGUACAAAGGGAUGAGGAUGAGCGACUAAAGAAUCUCCAGGAACAGCAAAGUAGAAGAACAGAAGAAACCUCCCAAAAGAAGGAGAAAAGCAAGCAGGAAGUACUGAGCAGAAUGUUUCAACAGCACCUGGAGCCAGUGAAGGACCAGUCUCGGAGUGGAUGGCAGCCACCAGAAAAACCUUCACCUGUAAUUACUGAUCAAGAUGGUAUUAAGGUUGUAUAUUAUAGAGCAUUGUAUCCAUUUGAAGCUAGGAGCCAUGAUGAGGUUACUAUUUAUCCUGGAGAUAUUAUAAUGGUUAAAGGGGAAUGGGUGGAUGAAAGUCAGACUGGAGAACCGGGAUGGCUUGGAGGUGAACUCAAAGGGAAAACUGGAUGGUUUCCUGCUAACUAUGCAGAGAAGAUUCCAGAGAAUGAAGUGCCACCGAAUUUGCAGUCGGGAGCAAAGCUGACUGCAAAGAUUGCGCCUCAUACAGUGGCUGCAAGUGUUGUGCAACCAGCAACAGAGCCUGCGAUGUCCUCCAAUUGGGCAGAUUUUAGCUCAACAUGGCCCACAACAGGCAAUGAAAAGCCAGAGAGCGAUAAUUGGGAUGCCUGGGCCACACAACCAUCACUAACUGUUCCUAGCACAGGGCAACCUCGGCAGAGAUCAGCUUUUACCCCUGCCACUGUAUCUGGAUCAUCUCCAUCACCUGUAUUAGGACAGGGAGAGAAGGUUGAGGGACUUCAAGCGCAAGCAUUAUAUCCUUGGAGGGCAAAGAAGGAUAAUCACCUCAACUUCAACAAAAAUGACAUAAUUACAGUUUUGGAACAGCAGGAUAUGUGGUGGUUUGGAGAGGUUCAUGGACAGAAGGGCUGGUUCCCCAAAUCCUAUGUAAAACUCAUUUCAGGACCUGUAAGAAAAUCCAUCAGUGUGGAUUCUACUUCUUCGGAAAGCCCUCCGAGCUUGAAGAGAAUGACCACCCCACCUUCAAAGCUAUCUGCAGCACAUGGAGAUGAACCUUGCAGGGAGGAGGCUGCUCCGCCUCGACCUCCCUUUCUCCCAAGGAAAGAUUCCAAUUUGAGGGUUCCUUGCCCUUCAGAGACGCUCUUUGCUGCUUCUGGUGGAGAAGAAUUUGUUGCUAUGUACACGUAUGAAAGUAAUGAACCUGGGGAUUUAACUUACCAGCAAGGUGAUGUGAUUCUUGUGACAAAGAAAGAUGGUGACUGGUGGACAGGAGUUGUAGGAGAAAAAGUGGGGGUCUUCCCAUCCAACUACGUCAGACCAAAAGACUCUGAGGGACCUGGGCAAACUGGGAAGAGUGGAAGCCUAGGAAGAAAGCCUGAAAUUGCUCAAGUGAUAGCUCCUUAUACAGCAACUGGUGCUGAGCAACUUACCCUGGCACCUGGUCAGCUCAUUCUCAUUCGCAAGAGAAAUGCUGGUGGAUGGUGGGAAGGGGAGCUUCAGGCUCGAGGAAAAAAGCGACAAAUAGGAUGGUUUCCUGCCAAUUAUGUGAAGCUUCUCAGCCCUGGAACAAAUAAAAGUACUCCAACUGAUGCUGCAAGACCACCCACAACAAUAAAUGUUUUGUUCCAGGUGAUUGGUAUGUAUGACUACAUUGCACAGAAUGAUGAUGAACUUGCGUUUGCCAAAGGACAGAUCAUCGGUGUUCUCAAUAAGGACGAUCCAGAUUGGUGGAAAGGGGAGCUCAAUGGGGUCACUGGUCUCUUCCCAUCUAACUACGUGAAGCUAACAACUGAUAUGGACCCAAGCCAGCAAUGGUGUGCUGACUUACAUUUAUUGGACAUGCUAACUCCUUCAGAGCGGAAGCGACAGGGCUAUAUCCAUGAGCUAAUUGUCACAGAAGAAAACUAUGUGAGUGACCUGCAGCUAGUCACUGAGGUCUUUCAGAAACCUUUGCUAGAGUCUGAUUUGCUGACGGAGAAGGAAGUGGCCAUGAUUUUUGUGAACUGGAAAGAGCUCAUCAUGUGUAAUAUUAAAUUGUUGAAGGCAUUACGGGUGAGAAAGAAGAUGUCAGGGGAGAGGAUGCCUGUGAAAAUGAUUGGUGACAUAUUAACAGCGCAAUUGCCUCACAUGCAGCCAUAUAUCCGAUUCUGCAGCUGUCAGCUUAAUGGAGCAGCACUGAUUCAACAAAAAACAGAUGAAGUUUCCGAAUUCAAGGAAUUUGUCAAAAGACUAGCAAUGGACCCACAAUGUAAAGGAAUGCCACUGUCAAGUUUCCUACUGAAGCCGAUGCAAAGAGUAACACGCUACCCAUUAAUAAUAAAAAAUAUUCUGGAAAACACCCCAGAAAAUCAUCCUGAUUUUAGCCACCUGAAACAGGCUCUUGAAAAGGCUGAGGAGCUGUGUUCUCAGGUGAACGAAGGUGUGCGAGAGAAAGAAAAUUCUGACAGGCUGGAGUGGAUCCAGACACAUGUACAAUGUGAAGGUUUGUCUGAGCAACUUGUUUUUAACUCCGUCACAAAUUGCUUGGGUCCUCGAAAAUUCCUACACAGUGGUAAACUUUAUAAAGCCAAAAGUAACAAGGAGCUUUAUGGCUUUCUCUUCAAUGAUUUCCUGCUACUGACACAGAUCAUCAAACCACUAGGUUCCUCAGGAACCGACAAGGUCUUCAGCCCCAAGUCGAAUCUACAGUAUAAAAUGUACAAAACUCCUAUUUUUCUGAAUGAGGUAUUGGUGAAGUUGCCGACAGACCCAUCUGGUGAUGAGCCUAUUUUCCACAUCUCCCAUAUUGACAGGGUGUACACACUUCGUGCUGAGAGCAUCAAUGAAAGAACAGCUUGGGUGCAAAAGAUUAAAGCUGCUUCAGAACUCUACAUUGAAACAGAAAAAAAGAAGCGCGAGAAGGCCUAUUUGGUUCGUUCUCAAAGGGCUACAGGCAUUGGAAGGCUAAUGGUGAAUAUAGUCGAGGGCAUAGAGCUGAAAGCAUGCAGAUCCAAUGGUAAGAGUAAUCCUUACUGUGAAGUGACUAUGGGCUCUCAGUGUCACAUCACAAAAACCAUUCAAGAUACUCUGAACCCCAAAUGGAACUCGAACUGUCAGUUCUUCAUUAAAGAUCUGGAACAGGAUGUACUGUGUAUUACUGUAUUUGAGCGUGACCAGUUCUCACCAGAUGAUUUUUUGGGGCGUACUGAAAUUCGUGUUGCUGAUAUCAAAAAAGACCAAGGCUCUAAAGGACCUGUUACAAAGCGACUUCUGCUGCAUGAAGUCCCUACUGGCGAGAUAGUUGUUCGUCUGGAUCUUCAACUUUUUGAUGAAGCAUAAAAGUGAUAUACUGUAUAUGUGUAUUUCUGUACUUUGAAAAGCCAUAUAUGGCAACUUUAUCAAGUAUGUGCAAAAGCUGUCUAGGAAUGCUGCAACAUUCAAUACUGCAGUGUCCAUGGAACAUAUUUUGUGUACUGUUUUAUACGUAACACUUAAAAACAUGGAAUUACAGUUUGUAGAUGUCUCUUCCAUUUGUUAAUGCAUUGCUUUAUCGUCUCCACAUUCCAAUUUAAAAUUUUCAGAUUAUGUGAUGAUAAACAUAAUAGCAAGGCAGGUCUUGAACUGGUUUGUCCAAACCUUGGCCCGUGGUUCUCAACUGAACUGAUUUGGUUCUGAGGUGGAAGUUUAGUGACUUGCACAAGUUUUUAUAGGGGAAAUUAUAGAAGUCAAACUGUAUUUUUGGUAAUCUUCAGGUUGGGGUGAGAAACAUGCAUUUUUGACUGUGUCCUAACAUAGGAUUACAUUUGCAGGUAAGGUUAUAUGACUGAGAAACUGGCUAUUCAGCCUAACUGGUUCAUGCUGAUGUGUAUGCUCCACGUAUGAACCUCUUCCUAUCUUUCUUAAUCUAAAUCUAUCAGCAUAACUUUUUAGUCCCUUCUUCGUAUGCUUCAUUAAAUGAAGUUAACCAUUUUGCCUCUGAGCACUUGAUUCAAACAUUUUUUAGAUGUCAAAUUUUAAAACCAAAGCACCAAGUCAAGGUGGUAUCUCACUAAUUACUAUAAACCAGUUCAGAAGAACUUUUAAUCGUAACUUAAGUACAAAAUGCAGAGUUGAUAAAAUGAAACCUGUGACCCUUAUAGAGCACAUUAAAGAAUAAUUCAUAACUUAUUGAUUCCUUGCCAUGUGAAUAAUAAGAAUAUUUACUUAACAAUUUUAGGCACUUUGGUCAGUGUCUCCUUCUCAUGAAAAAAGUUUGUUUAGAAAUUGGAUAGAGACUUGUAAACUUUGUUUGAAGUUCAACUUCUUACUAGGCUCUUCGAAGAGAACAGAUUUCUCAGUCAGUUCACCAGAUGAACCAACAAACUAGGUGAGGUACUGGACUAAAGAAACUCAAUCUACCUAUAAUAUCACAACAAUUCUAAGAAGCUUAACAAGGAGCGUCAUGGCAACUUGUUUCAUCCACUCUAAAGUAAUACUUAUAUUCAUGGAAAGAGGAAGAGGGAAAACCUAUAAUUAAUUUGAAGAAUUAAAAAAUGAUGUCUACAUGUGUUGCUGACUGAACAUCUUGGAAUCUUUAUUGCACUUUUAGACUUUGAACAAACUUAAAUUAACAGAUUUUAUGCAUAGUCCCAUUAUAUCCCAUAAAUACUUUUCAUUAAUGAGCACUAUUAGUUUUAGUUUGGUGAUAAAAAUGUUUCUGCAGUAUGUGAGGGAUGAAAGUUCCAAUGAUUUGCAGUAUUUGGUUUAAAAAAUCAGUUCAAGUAGUUGUCACUGGUUUUUUGUUUGAAAAUCAUAUAGAAAUUCUUUGUUGACUUAUCAAAUAUCUUUAAUAAUUAUUUUUAGUUUUGUCUUGAGAAUAAAGAUUCAAGACACAAGACCAAUAAUAUAAAUUACAUCCCCUCCAAAAAAUUAAAAUCACCUGAAAAGCUAAAUAAUUUUUAAUGUCAAGUACAAUCUUGUCCCAUUAAGAAAAUGUGACUGCACUGAUUCUUAGUUAAAGGUGGUAAACAUCAGCAAAAUUAGAUUUCAAUAUCUCAGAUUGAAUAAGUGUAGACUGGAAAAAUAAAAGUAAGAGAUUAAGAUAAUUAGCUAUCACAUUCAAGAAAAGUGAAAAAGCCAAUCUUAUGACAUAUGAGAGGACUUCAGUUUUUAUUCUAGUCUGUCUCUUUUUGCACAUUCAGUUGUUUAAUAUAUGAAGCACAUUACUUAAUACUAAUGACUACUUUUCCCCUUUAAAAGAAUUUUCAAAAUUUGAAAACAUUAAUUUAAUACCUGUUGUAUUUUUAAGAAGGUAAUUCCACUUAUGGGUAGAUGGACCAUACCAUUUUUAUUCAAGCUGUACUAUAUUUUUAAAUUAAUAAAACUUCAAAGGCUACAAUAUGUGCCAAUUGUUUACCAGCACAAUGGUCACUUACAAAGGUAAACUGUUGAGGAACUGUAAAUUUGUGCAUAGAUUAUUUUCAGUUAUUACUUAAAGAUCCUUUUUUAAAAAUCUUAACUAGCUUAAUUUUUCCUUGUUUCAGCACUGGAUUGACAUUACUAUUUCUGUUAAAAUACAAAUAUGACUAUGAUUGGCAGAAUAAAAUAAUGAUAAACACUCAGCACUUUGAAUUAAAACAAAACACCUAAAUUAUCAGUUAUUAAAUUAUUAUUCCAGUAAAUAACUAGUAAGCUAAAUUUGUUUUGCUAAUUUUUCUAUAAAAGCACUAUAUAAGCAUUAAAGGGUAGUAAUUUAUGACUGUAGGUGGAAUUAAAGUCACUUAUGCUCCAGAAAUAUUUUAUGGCCACUGUAGCAAACUAUUAUUUUGCAUUCAUUUCAUGUUGGACCUUGAUGCAGUUUUUUGAAUGAGAGAGUGUGUAGUUUUAUUGUGUGUAGGUACAUUUUUCACGAAGGAUAGUUAUUUAAAGUGUAUUUUUAAGCUUUCGCACAAUUCUGAAACGUCUUUAUCUCCAAUUGUCAAAUAAGAACUUUAAGCAAAUCUAAUAUCUAAACAAUAUUUUUCACGUUGUGCAAAUCAUUUGUUUAAAUGGUCAAAUAUUGUCAUAAAUAUAAGCUAUAUACUGCUUACAUUUAAUUUUUGUGGUCAUUUCCUGAGUAGUUUUUGAGCCACUUUUUGUUCAAAGUCCAACCUGACAAGAUCCGUUUGUUGAAUUCCUUCUAUUCAGAUUCAUAGUGGAUUUUGUCUAGUCAACUGUUAUUUGGGAAAAGGUUUUUAUGGUUCUUUUCCUUAAGUUAAAGGAUUUGACGAUGGGUCUAUACAGGUUUUUCAUAUUUUUAACAACCACAAGGGCAUCAUAUGUAUAUGCAGAGUUCUCAGUAAAACAUUUGCUUGUUUAUUCAUACAGGUCCCUCUGCUAUAAUGCACGUUUUGUUAACAAAUUUGCUGUAAUGCAAUUGACAAAUUGGGGACACGGUUUCUAAAGCGCAAACUUUUAAAACGUGUUGGCUGUUAAGCAAUUACAUCGCCAACACUUUAGAAACGGUGCUUAGUGUGAUUGUUCUAUAAUAUUGUACAAAAAUGCAACUACCACAUUAUAGAAGAACAGUAUAUUUUUCUGUACCUCAGUGAAUGCUUACAGGAUAUAAUUUGUGGAAUUAUUAGUUGCACAAGUUUUGAAAUCAAAACAUUGGUGUAGUGUUUACAUGCUCACCCUUGUUUGGAAAUUAGUCUUAGCCUCUCCAAGACUUUUAUGGGGACCCUGAAACAUGUUCUUAAAAUUUAAUUUUUCAAAAUUAAUGGCAUAUCAGUGAUACCCCUGUGCUGGUUAAACAAUUCUAAGCCUCAUGAGUUGGAGCUUUGGCAGUGUGGCUUAAUUCAGUUGUUAUGGUUAUUCAAUGCUGCCCUACUUUAUUUCAACAGUUGUUAAUCAUUUUGAACUAACAGUGUUACUACUUAGAAUGUGAACACUCUAUUGCUGAUUGUGUUGUUCAGCUUUUGCACUUUGUUGUCAAAAUAAUGGUAUUGUUAGUUUGUUUUUGCAUAAUAUUGUCUGUAAAAUACAUUGUGAUGUAACUAGUAUAACUUACAUAAGCUAAAACUUUUCCUAUCUAAUUGAGGAACACAUUGUGAGCAUAAGAACUCUGGGAGUUUUUGAACUGGAAGCUGCACUUUUAGAACGCAAUUCAAAACUUUCAAACCCAAACAUAUUCUAUUAUUAUUUGUAUGGGAAUUGUUAGUAACAUGUCUAAGUUUUUAAAAAAAUUUCUUUUUGUACUAACAAAUGUUAUGCCACACUUUAAUGGGCAGGUGCAUAUUCUAACCAUUGUCUCAAUCAUUAAAGAAUCAAAGAACAAAAUACUCAAGUCAGAAACUAACAAUUCUGCAUGUGCAAGAAUUUCUGCCUAUUUGAACCUUACAAAUUUUCUGAAGUUAUUAAAAGAUGGAGUUAAACAUGCAAUCCCCGUAUGUCAUACAGAAUUACCACAGUAAUUUGAUUGAAGGGAUGCAACCACUAUUUAAUAAUUUACAAUAAACAUUUGAUGAUGAUCUGUAGUGGGCAUUUUUUAAUAAUGAACAGUUGAGGCCAAAAGUCUGUCUAUUCUCUAUCUUCCUUAGUGUACCAGGCCAUUAUAUGUUUUUUGGUUAGUGUCCUGGAAGCAUGCUGAAUGUUUUCUAAUUUUGAGGAUGAUGGGAGAAAAGCAUUUCAUUAGUUUGGAGCCUUCAUUUACAGUAGACUGUAAACUAUUAAGUCAGUGCUGAGAAGCAAGAAAGUAUAACCAAACUUUCAUUCACUGCAGAGCAAUGCUACUCCAAUUAGGUUUUGUAGUGAUUACUCUGAAUAGGAAAAUCUAAUUUUGCCUUGGGGAAGGAUUGUCUUACUAAACUUUUGCUGCUGUGAACUGUUAAAAUGUAAAUUAGAACAAUGAAUUAACGAUGAAUACUGCAACCACAGAGGUUGAGCUAAACUGCUUGCUCUACUAUAUAUGUGGGAUAGGUACAUUGUUUAACUGUAGAGUCUUGAUAGACUUGUGUUUGAGAAGUAUGAAUCUCCUAAGCCAAACCAGACACUAUAUAGCCAAAUGUUACAUGUUUACUGAAUUGUAAAUCACUGUCAGAGUGCACAGCUAUCAUAUUUGUGUUCAUUGUUCUCCUUGUCACUGUUUACAUAUCAGCAAUUUCUCUCUGACGGGUUAUAUUUCUCUUAGCUUAAGUAUUUAAGUGUAUUUUCAAAAAGUAAAAUAAACUUCUACAAGUUAA